UGGCCGAUGUCGAAGUUAAAAAUCUUUGGAUAGUUUAUCGAAAUAUUAUGCGUCAAACAAUGAAAUUUUUACAAGCUGACAAUCAGCGAAUGGCUGAAUUUAAAUAUUUCUUUUAUCGCUCUUUUCCAUCAAAACACUGGGAUGAUAAUAUUGUUGAAAUCCUUACGAAGUUGGAACAAACUCAAAUCAUUAGUAUUGAUCAUCUCGAAGUUUUGCGAAGUUUUCUUGAAGACUGUGAAGAUGCGGGUCUUCUAUUGCGUAUGGUUGAAGACUUUCAAUUUUUAAACAAAAUUUUGAAAAGUAUUUGCCCUCAAAAAGAUCAUGUUUGGCUUGCAAGUCCACCAGUAAAGAUUGCAAAGUUUUGGCCAUCAGAAGAUUUCAAAAUUUUUUUAAGGCAGUUGGAUCGACAAAUGAACGAAUUUCCAAAUAUUUCAAUCAGUGAUGUGUACAGCCAGGCUACCCAAAGAAUCAAGAAAGUUGCUGCAGAAAGACAAGAUCAUGCAUCUUCCUGGGAGGCUAUGUUCAUUGCAGAACAUUUAAUGAGAAUCUACUCUUGAAUUGUUUUAAGACUUAAUACAUGAAUUACAGUCUUUGUGUGAAAAAUUAUUAGAAUUAUAAUGUUUAAGUAACCAUUUUAAUAUAACAUAACCAAACACAACGUGCAGUGCAACAGAACAGAAUAAGAAUACUAAUGAGAUAGGAUGUUAAUAUAAGACAAACAUCGUAAUAUAAACAUAAGUGUUAGUGCCAAAGUCCAUGAUCAAUUAUCCAAUCAUGUAUCAUCAUUAUAGAUAUAAAGUUCCUGUAUCAUAUUACUCUAAUAAUAGGUUUAUCCUAAUAAAAAUGUGAACAUUUAAAAAAA